AUGUGGCGCGACCGCAUCUCCGGCACCUCGACUCCCUCCGGGGCUAAUCGCAGCAUCUCACCCUUGCCGCCCCGUUCAUCCCAUCUGUCCCCGAGUCCACACGGCCGUCCUGGGCCCGUGUCGCGCGCGUCGUCCACCACCUCCCUGCUCACCGUGAGCGGAUCCACCACCUCCCUCCCGCGACCAGAGACCAAGGAAACCAAUGUUCGCCGACCCCGUCCGGCCAAUGUUCCAGAUCCGCUGGAAGUGUUGAGCGGGAUCAUUGGAAAGGAAACCCAGACCGAGAAAGAUCUCCCCCGACGAUCCGCGCAAUUGGACAGCCGACCCGUGCAGCUGGUGGAAGUCGUGCAUUUUGACGGGCGCAGCCUCGAGGAAUUCGUGGCUGGGGAGCAAGAACGGGCGCUGGUGAAAAAGUCUCGAGGCAGUGAUGUCAACGCCCAAACAAUCCAGCAGUUCGAGAAGGAACGUGACAAGUUUCAGGAUCUCCACACGUCCAUCACAGGCUGCGACGACGUGUGCAAGUCGGUCGAACUCUACCUGAAUGACUUUCAGACUGAACUGGGCGCCGUGUCGGCGGAAAUCGAGUCCCUGCAGUCUCGCUCCACCCAAUUGAACGCCAUGUUGGAUAAUCGGCGCAAUGUCGAGCGUCUGCUGGGUCCGGCCGUGGAGGAGAUCAGUAUCGCCCCGAAAACCAUCCGAACCAUUGUUGAGGGUCCUGUGGAUGAGAAUUGGGUGCGCGCCCUGAAUGAAAUCGACGCCCGUACGACGAAUAUCGAAACCAAGGCGUCUGCAUCCAACGGGUUCAAAGCGAUUGAGGAUGUUCGUCCGCUCCUGGAAGAUGUGAAGAACAAGGCGCUCGAACGAAUCAGGGACUACUUGGUGGCGCAGAUCCGUGCGAUGCGGUCCCCGAACAUCAACUCGCAGAUCAUCCAGCAGCAACGGCUGGUAAAGUUUAAAGAUCUAUUCAGCUACCUGACCAAGGCCCACUCAAAUCUGGCGGGUGAGAUCUCACAAGCAUACAUCAACACCAUGCGCUGGUACUAUACCUCCAAUUUUACGCGGUAUCUGCAGGCACUCGAGAAAAUCAAGAUCUGGCCUAGUGACCGGAACGAAGUACUUGGAGGCGAGCCUUCCGGACACCGAACAGGACAUACCCACAGCGGCAGAGCUGGCUCUGCCGCACACGACCCAUUUUCCUUGGGCAGGCGGAUUGAUAUUCUCCGAACCAGUAACCCGCAGGCAUUAUCCUCAUAUCUGGCCGAGGAAGACAACCAUUUCCAUGGCAUUGAAUUACCAUUCCGGAACUUCAACGUCGCCCUCGUGGACAACAUCUCUGCCGAAUACUCUUUCCUCACCGAGUUCUUCUCUGCUUUGUCAUUCCAUCAAAUAUCGCGAAUGGCGAUGGACAUCUUCGAGCCAGUUUUCACCCUUGGCCAGAAUCUGACAAAGAAAUUGAUCGACAACACCACCGACUCCCUUGGCGUUUUGAUCUGUGUUCGUCUUAACCAGCACUCGGCCUUUGAGUUACAACGGCGCAAGGUGCCCGUGGCCGACUCCUAUGUUAAUGGGAUUAAUAUGCGCCUAUGGCCCCGGUUCCAGGUCAUCAUGGAUCUCCACAAUGAGUCGCUGAAGCGAGUCGGAUCGAAUACCGGUCGCAGUGCAGGUGCUGCACUGUCCAUCGCGGGCGGGGAUGACUUGAAAACGUCCUCGGCUCCGCACUUCCUCACCCAACGGUUUGGUCAGCUUCUACAUGGCAUCUUAGUCCUCAGCAGUGAUGCGGGAGAUGACGAGCCGGUAUCCAACAGCUUAGCUCGCCUGACUGCCGAAUUCGAUGCUCUCCUGGCGAAACUGAGUCGAAAUGGCACGGACGCGAAGCGGCGCGAGCGAUUUUUGUUCAACAAUUAUUCCUUGAUUUUAACCAUCAUUAGUGAUACCCAAGGCAAACUAGCGACAGAGCGACGACAGGUAAUUGGUGCCGGAGUCGUCGGUCUGGCGGCUGCGCGCCAGCUCGCCGCGCGAGAGGGCACCUCGACUAUCCUCCUAGAGAGACACGAUGCACCGGGGACGGAGACUAGCAGCCGCAAUUCCGAGGUCAUACACGCCGGCCUCUACUACCCGGCCAACUCCCUGAAAACAAAACUCUGCAUCCAAGGCCGGAACAUGCUCUACGACCUAUGCUCCACCCACGGUAUCCCCCACCGCAACACGAAGAAAUGGAUCGUCGCGCAGACGGCCGCUCAAUGGGAUGUGUGUCUGAAAGUCCACAAGCACGCACAGGGACUAGGUGAUGCGCCCACGCGGCUGGUAUCACGGGAAGAAGCGCUGCAGCGCGAACCAGACGUCAGAGCCGAUGCCGGGAUAGUGGAGAGCGAGACGACGGGCAUCGUGGACAGCCAUGCACUCAUGACAUACCUACAGGGUUCAUUCGAGGAACGCGGCGGCGAUGUCGCUUUCAAGACGCGCGUGACGAAUAUCCAGCCCGUGGCCGCCGGCGGCUAUGAAAUUACGGCCGUGUCUGACGAGGACGGCUCCGAGACGACGAUUACCACCGAGACGCUGAUUAACAGUGCUGGACACGGCGCCUGCGCAAUCAGUAAUAUGCUUCUCCCACCAGACCGCCACCGUGUUCCGCAUUAUGCCAAGGGAACGUACUUCUCGUACGCUGCAUCACGACCCAAAACGUCCGUCCUCGUUUACCCAGCUACUGUACCAGGCCACGGUGGACUCGGCACUCAUCUCACACUAGACAUGGGCGGGCGCAUCCGCUUCGGACCAGACGUUGAAUGGGUCGACGACCCAAAUGAUCUCAAGCCCUCGCCGGCUCGACUGGAGCAAGCUCUCCCUGAGAUCCAAGCCUACCUGCCGGGCGUGGAUGUGUCCGCUAUCUCGCUGGAUUACUGUGGGAUUCGACCUAAGCUUGGUCGCGGAGCGGGUGUUAACGAGGGGAAGGGGUUUCAGGAUUUUGUGAUUCAAGAAGAGGAGGGGUUUCCUGGGUUUGUGAAUUUGUUGGGCAUUGAGAGUCCAGGGUUGACGAGCAGUUUGGCAAUUGGGCAGAUGGUCGAUGGCAUUUUAUAUCGGUAA